UUCCUUUCUCUCUCCUCUCCAAAACGAAGAACGAAGUAGAAAAAAAGGGGUAUUUUUCUUUCUUUCUAGGGUUAUCUUCGCAGCUUCGAUUCGUCAGGGUUCGGAGUUAGUUCAAGGUUCAGGUUUAACACAUUAUUAUUAUUCUAAGUUAUACUCAAAAACAUUCAAUUUGUUCUUGUUUAUAUCAAAUUUUGUUAGGGUUUUAAAUUUUAUAUUUAGGGUUCCGAUUUGGGUUUGAUUCAAGAUUUAAUUUUGAGGAGGUUUUGUGGAGAUUUUCGGGAUUUGGAAUGAAGAGGAAAUGAAUGAAGGGGUUCUGGAAUUUGGAAUUGCUGAUAAAGGGAAUUCAUGGUACCAACAGUUUUUGUAGAGUGUAGUGGACAGAAGGAUUUGAAAAAGAGGGUUUCAGUGGAAAUGAUGGGGAAGGCACAAAGAACCUCUAGAGGGUCUUCUACUGGAUUCGUUGCGGACUAUCGUCAUGCAGUGGAAACUAUGGGCGAGUCUGAAGGAUUAGGUAGUUCGGGUCGUCUUGAUACUGAGAGAACUGCUUCAGAUGAUUCUUGUGCUCCGAAAAGGAAAUGUAUUAGUUUGAAUGUGGAUAGUUUUGGUGUUCCUAUGCAAGUUAUUUCAUUGAGUAAGUUUUCUGCCAUUGAGAAAAAAGAGUUGGAAACGAGACUUAAAGCUGAGCUUGAACAGAUUCAGAUGCUUCAAAAAAAACUGUACAUGUUGCCUCGGAGUGAUGAGAUGGCGAGACAAGGGAAUGUGCUGGGAUCAUCGGAUAUUUUGGCUGGUCAGGGAAAGAAACGAGGUCCUUCAGGGAAAAAUGGCCACUCCACAAAGAGAGGUAAUCAUGGGAAAUUUCAGAAUAAGAAGCAUGUUUCUACAGCGAGCACUUCCAAUUCGAAGUUAAUGAAGCAAUGUGAACAACUUCUGAAACGUUUGAUGACACAUCCAUAUGGAUGGGUUUUCAAUACUCCAGUGGACAUUGUGCAGUUGAAUAUUCCAGAUUAUUUUACGCAUAUCAAGCAUCCAAUGGAUUUGGGGACGGUAAAGAGUAAGAUUGCUAAUGGCGAGUAUUCGAGUCCAUUGGGAUUUCUUGCUGAUGUGAGGCUUACAUUUUCUAACGCCAUGACGUAUAACCCACCUGGGCAUGAUGUACACACCAUGGCUGGUCAACUUAGAACUUUUUUUGAAGCUAGGUGGAAAGCUAUCGAGAAGAAACUUCCUGCGAAUGAGUCAGUACCAGUACCUUUGCAACUGGAUGCUGCUAGAGACACAGUAGCUGCCAAAUCUAUUCCACCAUCAAAAAAGAUGAAAAUCUCAUCUCCAGUUCAUGAGAGGAUAAUGCCUGACCUCGAAAAACAUAAAUUGACAGAAGAUCUGCAAUCUAUAAGAGACUUUCCGUCAAAUCUUAUUGAAUUCCUAAGAAAACAAAGUACUAGCCAAACUGGUGAUGAUGAGCUCGAGCUUGAUAUGGAAAAUAUGACUGGUGAUACAUUAUUCACAUUAAGGAAGCUUGUAGAUGACUAUUUGCAGGAUCAACAAGAGAAUCAAAGAAAAGCUGUUCCUUGCAUUGCAGAGAAUAUGAAUGUGUCAGGGAAUGGGGUUUCAUCUACGCAACCAAGCAAAGGUAAUGAUCCGGCGGAUGAAGAUGUUGAUAUUGGCGGGAAUGAUCCUCCUGCAUCAAUGUAUCCUCCCGUGAAUAUUGAUAAAGAUGCAGCACGUAAAGGCAGUAAAUGCAGCAGUUCUAGUGGUUCCAGUAGCGCCUCAGGAUCUUCAAGUAGUGAUUCAGACUCUGCUACUUCUUCUGGUAGUGAUUCUGAUCGUGCUAGAGCUUCAUCUCCAGCGAGAGCAAAAAAGGAGUUGAUGGGUUCUGGAGAAGCAUUAUUAGAUCAACAAGCAAAUGGUGUAGGUAAUCCACAUGAUGCAAAUCAACCUGUUAGUGGACUUGAUCAGGUUGAGCAGUGUUCUCUGCCUAAGCCACCUUCCGUUGAGGUGGAUAGCCGACAAGAUGGGGAAAGUGCUCCACCUGAGAGGCAGGUUUCUCCAGAUAAACUUUAUCGUGCUGCUGUGUUGAGAAAUCGUUUUGCUGAUACUAUACUCAAAGCCCGAGAGAAAACAUUGAAUCAGGGUGAAAAAGGUGAUCCAGAGAAAUUGCGUCGCGAGAGGGAGGAACUUGAAAAGCAUCAGCGGGAAGAAAAGGCUAGGUUGCAAGCUGAAGCCAAAGCUGCAGAAGAUGCUCGUAGGAAAGCUGAUGAAGAGGCUGCAGCUGAGGCUGCUGCUGAGGCCAAAAGAAAAAGAGAUCUAGAAAGAGAGGCAGCACGUCAGGCAUUGCUCGAGAUGGAGAAAACCGUCGAAAUUAAUGAGAACUCUCAAUUUCUAGAAGACCUGGAAAUGCUUCGGGCUGCCCCUGCUGUGUGUAUACCCUCAUCUGUAGAUGAGACAAGUCAAGAGCAUUCUCCAGACGGCUUAGGUUGUUUCAACUUCCAGAGCAGCAGUAAUCCCUUGGAGCAACUUGGACUAUUCAUAAAAUUGGACGAUGAAGAUGAGGAAGAAGUUCCAAACAACUUUCCAGAACCACCAACAUCACCACCCCCACCAACUCCACCUCCAGUUCAACCUGAUGUAGAGGAAGGUGAAAUUGAUUAAAAUGCAGAUGUACAUAUUGUUAGUAGACUUGAGGAAUAGAAAUGAAAAAAAGGAAAAUAGAAGGAAAAAAAUAUAUAUUUUUGAUUGUCUCGUCUCGGACUUUUUUCUUUUCCUUUUCUUUGGGUAUUGAUUUGCGGUUGACCACACCAUCUAUGUUGUGGUAUUUACGUUGUCGUGAUGCAGAAAUAAGAUCCUAUUCUUGCUAAGUA